AUGUCGGGUGAAACGAUCGAGUGUAUGCCGAGUGCAGAGCUUCAACAGUUGCCUGGGUCGGUGACUUGCUCUGAUAGUCCAGUCAAGGCUCCCGACAGUGAUGAUUCGGAGAUCGGCCAGACACCAGCUGAUAUGGUGCCGAAAUCGAAGCCUCUCGCGAAAGCAGACCCUAGCCCGGUGCAGCACAGCUUCCGAGCGCGCUGCAAAGCGUGGCUGAAAGAGCUCCUUCGUUUUGCUGGUCCAGGAUGGCUGAUAUGUAUUGCACUUAUUGACCCCGGUAACUACGAGGGUGACAUUCAAGCCGGAGCCGGGUACCAAUACGCGCUCAUUUGGAUCAUCUGGUGGGCGACCAUCGCCGAGAUCUGCAUUCAGGCGCUCACCAUUCGACUUGGGCUGUAUGCACGCCGCGAUCUCGGGCAAGCGUGCCGGGAAACCUACCCACGCUGGGUUACGAUCGCGCUGUGGAUCCUGUCGGAGAUCGGGAUGAUGGCCACGGAUCUGCUGCAGGUCAUCGGCUUUGGGGUCGCAACAGAGAUUUUGUUUGGAAUUCCGCUCUAUGCAGGUGUCCUGCUCUCGUUUGCGACGACGUUGUUGCUCUUGUCCACACAGUAUGUUUCGUUUCGGCUGCUCGAGAUAAUUGUCAUCGUGUUGGUGUUCAUCAUGUCGAUUACUUUUUUCAUUCAGUGGGGCAUGGUCGACACCGACGGUGCGGCGCUUUUGCGCGGAUGGGUUGUGCCCAGCAUCCCCAGCGGCUCCGCGUUGAUCUUACUAUCGCAAAUCGGUGCAUCCGUGAGCCCGCACAAUGUUUUCCUGCAGUCGGCCCUGGUCCAGACUCGGACAGUGGACCGCACCAAAAAGGCGCUCCGAUCAGCGACGAUGUUCAACAUCAUCGAAAUGACGAUUCCGAUGAUGUUGGCUUUCGUGGUGAAUCUGGCAGUCAUAGCGCUCGCUGCUCAAGGCUUCUACAAUAGUCCAGCUGUCGACGUGAAUCCGAAUGACAUUACCCUGCGCGACACAUGCAAACUCAUUCACCGAGUAUACGCCAACUCAGGCGCUGGAUGCAUCUUGUUUGGCAUCUCAUUGCUCGCGUCUGCGCAGAGUGCGACGAUCUCUGCCACGUACGCGGGUCAGAUUGUGAUGGAGGGCUUUCUGAAUAUCAGGCUCCCGUUGUGGUUGAGGAACCUGACAACGCGCACAAUCACCAUUGUACCCGGUUUGUUUAUCGCAAUAUUUGCGGGAAACAAUGGCUCGGGGCUCGCGCUUCUGAUUUCAUCAUCGAUACUGUCGGGGGUGAUCCCUUUUCUCAUAGUGCCGCUGCUCAAGUUCACGAACAGUGCUGCCUGCAUGGGUCCGUAUCGCAACUCGUGGUACGUGCGAUGGCCCAUGUGGACGCUUACGCUCGCGAUUAUCGCAGCAAACUUAUACCUGAUCGCGGGUGCUGGUGGUAAUCGAACGUUGCGCCAAGCGCUUUCCAGUGGUGGCCCCGGAAGCACCGCGGGUAUUGUGUUCACGGUGAUUAUCGGGCUACUGUACGUUGGGUUUCUGGUCUACUUGAUGCUCAGGCCCGUUGGCAUCGUCGGCGACGCGUACGACAUCGACGACGGGGUUAUGGGGCUUGUCGAGUCGGGUUUCGAGACGCACGUUCGCAUGGAACCGAAACCUGUACCGAAUGAACCGACUCGGCCCGAGCCCGCAUUUUUGCCUCCCGAUGCGCACAGUGCAGAGGAUGCUCCACUGGGGAAGAAUUUUUCGGAGCAAUCUUUGAGUGAGGACGCCAGUUCUUGA